CUCCAUACCAAGAAACUCCCCGAGAUCCUUCCACAGCAGCAGCACAAUCUCUCUCAAAAUCCUCUCGCCCACCCUCUGUCAGAACAGAACAAACACCCUCUCCCUUCGACUCUCUCAGAUCUUAUAAAUCUCUUAUAAAAGCCACCUUGAAAACAAAAACCUAUAAAAUCACCCUCUUUUCGAAUUCUUCCCGCUCCCUCUUCCAGUUUUCUUUAUCCAUCUCCGAUUCUCAAGUCCAUUUCUUUAAAAUCGCGGAUCCCUAAUCCUACCAAUACAAGAAAAAAGAGCAAAAGAACCUGUAAGGAAUGGCGGAUCAAGGAGGCUCGGAAGGAAGCCAGCCCGUAGAUCUUAAGAAGCAUCCUUCUGGGAUCGUCCCUACCCUUCAGAAUAUUGUGUCAACGGUCAAUUUGGAUUGCAAGUUGGAUCUUAAGGCCAUUGCACUUCAAGCUCGUAAUGCAGAAUACAAUCCCAAGCGGUUUGCUGCUGUAAUUAUGAGGAUAAGGGAGCCAAAAACCACAGCCUUAAUUUUUGCUUCUGGAAAGAUGGUUUGUACUGGAGCUAAGAGUGAACAACAGUCAAAGUUGGCUGCACGAAAGUAUGCUCGUAUUAUUCAGAAGCUUGGUUUUCCAGCUAAGUUCAAGGAUUUCAAGAUUCAGAACAUUGUCGGCUCUUGUGAUGUUAAAUUCCCCAUCAGGCUUGAAGGCCUUGCAUAUUCCCAUGGUGCCUUUUCAAGUUAUGAACCAGAGCUGUUCCCAGGGUUGAUCUAUCGGAUGAAACAACCGAAAAUUGUGCUGCUUAUUUUUGUGUCAGGAAAGAUUGUUCUUACAGGAGCUAAGGUGAGAGAUGAGACCUAUACAGCCUUCGAGAACAUAUACCCUGUUCUUACAGAGUUCAGGAAAAACCAGCAAUGAUUUUAUCGGAAGAAGCCUGCGGGAAGUUUCUAAGGUGGAAAACCUGGCACUAUAACUGCCGAGCUUGUAUUGAGUUGUAAAUAUGGAAGCAAAUUGUGCAUUGGGUUCUCAAAUGGUUAAGUUAAAAAAAUAUGUUUGGCAUCUGCAUUUUAUUUUUAGUUCAGAUCAAGUAGUGGAGAAGAACCUUUAUAUUUACAGAGUUAACGUGAAAAA